AUGCGCAAUCCAUCGUCUCUCGAGACAGACGGAUGUAUUGGUUUUUAUCCUCUCUUUUUCGCUGGCAAGGCCAAGAGUGGGGAACUAGGCGCAGCCCUAGUUCUCCAUCCAGGCCGUAGCGCACCGCGCUACUCCAUCUUCACCGAGACAGACGGAUGUAUUGGUUUAUCCUCUCCUUUGACACUGCUAGCAAGGCUGAGAGGGGGAACUAGACGUCCGGGCAGACCGCCUGGGCAGCCCCAGUUCUCUAGACAGACGGAUGUAUUCCCUUCUUUUGACAGGGGCAAGGCCCGUAGCGCACCGCAACCCCAUCGUCUCUCGAGACAGACGGAUGUAUUGGUUUAUCCCUCCUUGGACACUGCUAGCAAGGCCGAGAGGGGGAACCAGACGACCGUUGCGGCACCAUGCAACCCACUGUCUCUCGAGACAGACGGAUGUAUUGGUUUAUCCUCUCCUCUUUGGACACUGCUAGAAUGCCGAGAGGGGGAACUAGACGUCCGGGCAGCCCUAGUUCUCCAUAUCCUGUCCAGGCCCGUAGCGCACCGCGCAACUCCAUCGUCUUCGGGGAGACAGACGGAUGUAUUGGUUUAUCCUCCUUUUGACACUGCUAGCAAGCACAGAGGGGGGAAUAGACGUCCGCAGAGGGUCCAGGAAGCGCACCGCGCAACCCAUCGUCACCUGAGGCAGACGGAUCUAUUGUUCCUUUGA